AUGUCCAAAGAGCAACUGGAACUUUUAAAGAGGGAAAGCCAAACUUUGGAAAACAAUUUCCGUGAAAUCCUAUUUUUAAUAGAACAAAUAGAUGUUCUAAAGGCAUUACUUAGAGAAAUGAAGGACGGAAUGUACAAUCAUAGCUGGAAUGAGGACCCUGUUGAGGAACAGGACAAGGGCAUUCUUGAUGAGGAAAUGUCAAACUUGGUAAGUUAUGUACUUAAAAAGUUGAGAGAAGACCAAGUCCAGAUGGCUGAUUAUGCUCUUAAGUCCGCUGGAGCCUCCAUCAUUGAAGCUGGAACUUCGGAAAGUUACAAAAAUGAUAAGGCAAAAUUGUACUGGCAUGGGAUAGGAUUCUUAAAUUAUGAAAUGCCUCCAGAUAUUAUCCUUCAGCCAGAUGUCCACCCUGGGAAGUGCUGGGCUUUUGCAGGCUCCCAGGGGCAUACCCUCAUUAAGCUUGCCAAGAAGAUUGUACCAACUGCUGUUACCAUGGAGCAUAUCUCAGAGAAGAUCUCUCCCUCAGGAAACAUCUCCAGUGCACCCAGAGAAUUUUCUGUCUAUGUGAGAAAAUAUGCCUGUAAGGAAACACAGGCUGGCAUCUCAAAAGAAUGUAAAGGAGAAGAAAUUUUCCUAGGCCACUUUAUGUACAACAAAAAAGAAACCACUGUUCAAACAUUUGGACUCCAGCAUGAAGUUUCUGAAUACUUAUUAUGCGUGAAACUGAAAAUUCUCAGCAACUGGGGGCACCCAAAUUAUACUUGUUUGUAUCGAUUCAGGGUUCAUGGCAACCCAGGAAAUCACACCUAGAAAAGCCGCUGUUGGAGGUCAAGCCUGCAGUUUCAAGGAUACCCGAGUUUUCUUAUUCCAUUAGAUUAUACAGCCCCCUUCGGGAGGGUCAAAAAUUAGGAGCAGGAGA